AUGGCCGAAACUACCCUCUCUCCUGGCAGCUCUGCCAUUCCUCUUGAAGGCACGCCUCCCCCCUACAUGAAACUAUGUGUGGUGACUAUUGGCGCUACAGCCGCCUUCAAUACACUCAUCAGUGAGGUCAUGGACGAGCGUUUCUUUGCCAAGCUUUAUCAGGCUGGAUUCACCCAUAUCAUUGUGCAGUAUGGAAAAGCCGGGAAACCCAUUUUUGAUGAAUUCCUUGAGAAGCACCCCUUUGGCCACCCUGGUCUUCACGGCAUAGGAAUUGGUGGAUUUGAAUUGAAGCCGAGCUUGCACCCUUUCUUCAUGAUGGCUAAGGACCGCCUGGAUAAAGACCCACCUCAGAAACUUGGCUUGGUUAUCUGCCACUCUGGAACUGGAACUAUUCUGGAGGCCCUUCGUCACGGUCUGCCAAUGAUUGUUGUACCCAACCCAGACCUUGCCGACAAUCAUCAGGAGGAUCUGGCACGUAAGAUUGACCAGAUCAAGUGGGGUGUCAUGGGCAAAAUUGGUAACGUCGCUGCUGCUAUCGACAAGGCCGAUGCCCUGCGAACUCGAGAGAAUGAGUAUGAAGAGGAGAGCGUGGAUAGUAUGAAUUCAGCCAUGGAUGACGAGCUCUCAUUUGUUGACUAG